GGAGAAGCUGAUGGUUCGUGGUGUGAACUUCAUCACCAUCCAGAGUCUGACCCCUAAUAAGACCUAUUACAUCAGAGUCCUGGCCUUUACCUCUGUAGGAGACGGACCUCUCUCCCAGGACCUGCAGAUCAUAGCCAAGACUGGAGUUCCGUCCCAGCCAUCAGACUUCAAAGGAGAGGCCAAGUCAGAGACCAGUAUAUUGCUGUCAUGGGUAGCUCCUCCACAGAGUGGGCCUGAAAACCUGAUCACUGGAUAUGAACUGGUAUACAGGAGGUCUGGUGACAACGAAGAGAAGAAGCUGAAUUUUGACCCCGCCUCCUCCUACCUUAUAAAGAAUUUGAAGCCAUUCUCCUCCUACACCUUCCAGCUGGCAGCACGUAGCAAACACGGCAUCGGAGCGUAUACCAACGAGGUUACCACAGAUACACCACAGACACAACCCUCGGCCCCUCCGCAGGAAGUCACAUGCUCCAGCCCCAACUCCACCAGCAUCCUGGUAAGUUGGGCUCCGCCCCUGGCGGAAUUCCAGAACGGAAUCAUAAUGGGAUAUUCCAUCCAGUAUUCUGUCACGGAACGGGACAACAGGACUUCCCAGCAAGUCAGACGAAUUCCACCGGAAAGCUCUCCGUACCUUCUGGAAAACCUGGAGAAAUGGACCGAGUAUGGAAUCACGGUCAGAGCCCUGACGGAAGCCGGAGAAGGACCAGAGAGUCUACAACUACUAGUACGCACCGAAGAAGAUGUUCCCAGUGGUCCUCCGCGCGACGUGGCGUCGGAGGCGGUGAACUCGUCAGCAGUCAGGGUGGUGUGGCGGGCACCGGCCGUGGAGCGGCAACAUGGUCAGGUCAGAGGUUACCAGGUCCACUACAUGAAGAUGAACUAUGGAGAACCCGCUGGACCCAACCUCAUCAAGGAUAUACUCCUAGACGACUCACAGUGGGAAUACAAUGAAUCAGCAGAAUAUGAGUUGGUUCUAGGGGAACUCCAGGCUGAUACUGCCUACUCUGUGUCUGUGGGGGCGUACACCGCCAAGGGAGACGGGGCACGGAGCAAACCCCAAACUCUCUGCACUACCCUCCCACUCCCAGAACCCCCCAGGCUCUCAGUAAGUCCCACCCCCGUGGGCACGGCCCAGCUCCAGUGGCUGCCUCCACCCAGCCCCGCUACCCCUCUCCUGGGGUACCGUCUAACCUUCGGACGCCUGGAUGUCCUCCCCCUCACCGUGGUAGAAUUCCCCACCAAGGAAAAGUCCUACACUGCUCAGGAUAUCCACAAGGGGGCGUCGUACGUGUUCCGACUCUCCGCCCGGAAUAAGAUAGGAUACGGAGAGGAGGCAGCGAUCGAGGUGACCACUCCGGAAGACGUUCCCGGAGGAUACCCAGAAAACAUCCUGUCUGAAGGCGCCUCGGCGUCUUCCAUACGGCUCGUUUGGAAGUCUGUCCCGCUGAUCGAACAAAACGGGAAGAUUGUGAAGUACUCGGUGCAGUACCGGGAUGUUAACGGUAGAGGUGGGAACGCUACCGGGGAGGUGGUGGUGAUGGUACCGGAAUCUAGCGUGGCGUUGGAAGGGCUGAGCGCUGACACGGUGUAUGACGUUAGAGUGCGUGCGUUCACGGCGGUAGGGGCGGGGCCUUAUAGUCCCGGCGUCCAGUUUAGGACGCAACCUCUGGAUGUGGAAGUGUUUGCUACUAACUUCAGAGUGAAGGCUGCCAUGAAGAACUCAGUCCUGCUGACCUGGGAGAUACGAGACAAAACACCCUCCCAGCCUUUUUCGAUCCUGUAUGGUAAGGGUCAGAGUGUUGAGGUGGAUGGUAAACAGAACCAGAAGCUGAUAACAGGUCUGCAGCCGGAAACACAGUACUCCUUCCUGUUGACUAACCGUGGCAACAGUGCCGGAGGUCUACAGCACCGCGUAACCGUGACGACCGCCCCGGACGUGCUACGUUCCAAACCCACGCUGGUGGGGAAGACCAACGCAGACGGGAUGGUGACGGUUCAACUACCGUCCGUACAGACCACCACUACCGUCAGGGGCUACUAUGUGGUGGUGGUUCCUCUGAAGAAACAGAGAGGAGGGAAGUUCUUGAAGCCUGGUGACAACCCUGAUCAGAUGAACCUAGAUGAGCUCCUGAAAGAGAUCAACAGGACCAGUGUGAGCCAGGCGCUGCGUGUCCGUCGCCAGGUCCCGGCCAGCCAAUCAGAUCCCAGGGCCUAUGUUUCCGCCCACUUUAAGACCCUCCCCCAGGAGUUCACCCUCGGUGAUGGGAGGAGCUAUGGAGAGUUCCGGAACCGCCCCCUGCAAAACGGACAGGAAUAUGUGUUCUUCGUGCUGGCGCUGCUAGACCUGUCUAAUAAUACAAUGUAUUCAACCAGCCCCUAUUCUGACCCCGUGACCUCCAAUGACGUGGACCCUCAGCCAAUCGUAGAUGAGGAGGAGGGGCUUCUGUGGGUGGUGGGGCCGGUAAUGGCUGUCAUCUUCAUCGUCUGCAUCGUCAUCGCCAUCCUACUCUUCAAGAGUAAACCAGACAGGAAAAGAGCUGAGGCAGAGGGAAGGAAGGCUAGUUUCCCCUGCAGCAAGGCCAUGUCCUCUCACCAUCCUACAGAUCCUGUGGAGCUACGCAGAAUCAACUUCCAGACCCCAGGAAGUUACCGUGUAUCAGCUUUCCGCGGCUACAGACGAUUGUCAAGCGUCUUCCUGUCCUGGUCCGUUGACCCCGGACAGCAGUUCACCUGGGAGCAGUCUAACCUGGAGGUCAACAAGCCAAAGAACCGCUAUGCUAACGUCAUCGCCUACGACCACUCCAGGGUUCUACUGUCCAGCAUCGAGGGUAUCCCAGGCAGCGACUACAUCAAUGCCAACUACAUAGAUGGUUACCGUCGUCAAAACGCCUACAUCGCGACGCAGGGCUCUCUCCCUGAGACCUUCUGUGACUUCUGGAGACUGGUUUGGGAACAGCACACGGCCAACAUCGUCAUGAUGACCAAGCUAGAGGAGAAGUCUCGGGUAAAAUGUGAUCAGUACUGGCCUACCAGAGGAACAGAGACAUAUGGGCUGAUACAGGUUACUCUGCUGGACACUGUAGAGCUGGCUACAUACUCUGUUAGGACCUUUGCUCUCUACAAGGUUGGCUCCAAUGAGAAGCGUGAGAUUCGUCAGUUCCAGUUUACAGCCUGGCCGGACCACGGGGUCCCCGAACACCCCACCCCCUUCCUGGCCUUCCUACGACGGGUCAAGGCCUGCAACCCUCCAGACGCAGGACCCAUGGUCGUACACUGCAGUGCUGGAGUGGGCCGGACUGGUUGUUUCAUCGUGAUUGACGCCAUGGUGGAGCGAAUCAAACACGAGAAGACAGUUGACAUCUACGGUCACGUGACCCUCAUGAGGUCCCAGCGGAACUACAUGGUGCAGACGGAGGAUCAGUACGCCUUUAUCCACGACGCGCUGCUGGAGGCCGUCGCCUGCGGCAACACCGAGGUUCCGGCGCGGAACCUUCACGCCUACAUCCAGAGACUGACCCAGAUAGAACCGGCGGAGAACGUCACAGGCACGGAACUGGAGUUCAAGCGGUUGGCCAGUGCGAAGGCCCACACCUCCAGGUUUGUGAGUGCCAACCUGCCGUGUAACAAGUUCAAGAACCGUCUGGUGAACAUCAUGCCCUAUGAGUCCACCAGGGUCUGUCUGCAGCCAAUCAGAGGAGUGGAGGGGUCAGACUACAUCAACGCCAGCUUCAUAGACGGAUACAGGUUUGACUGCUCCUUUACCGAACUGAACCGACACCCCUGCUGCCAACGCAGCCAUGAAAGGAGACACGACGAUGAAGAUGACUUUCACAGCCAUUUCUACAGUGUAUCGGUACACGGUGAGGACGUCAGUCAGUUCUCCUACGGCUGUUUCCAAGAGGAACCCCACACCUCCGCAGAUAGCGGAGGUCCCCAUCAGAACCACUGUUACGACCGCAGCCACCUCCGUAGCGUCCGGCUCCGUCUCCCCGGCCUUCCUGAUUGCCAUGGAGGCAGCGAGGCCACAUUGUGUCUCCCCCUACAGGAGAAGUGCCAUCAGUACUGGCCAGCAGAGCGUUCUGCCAGGUACCAGUACUUUGUGGUGGACCCCAUGGCUGAGUACAACAUGCCCCAGUACAUCCUCCGAGAGUUCAAAGUCACCGAUGCCAGGGACGGCCAGUCUCGGACGGUUCGUCAGUUCCAGUUCACUGAUUGGCCGGAGCAAGGAGUGCCAAAGUCAGGGGAGGGGUUCAUUGAUUUCAUUGGCCAGGUGCACAAAACUAAAGAGCAGUUUGGCCAAGACGGACCAAUCACGGUGCACUGUAGUGCUGGUGUGGGGAGGACAGGGGUCUUCAUCACUCUGAGUAUCGUUCUGGAGAGGAUGAGAUAUGAAGGAGUAGUGGACAUCUUCCAGACUGUCAAGAUGCUGCGAACACAGAGACCUGCUACGGUUCAAACUGAGGACCAGUACCAGUUCUGUUACCGGGCUGGUCUGGAGUAUCUGGGCAGCUUCGACCACUAUGCAACAUAAUCCCUCCCUCUGGCCUGUGUCCCAAACAACACCCUAACUCCCUGUGUCGUGCACUACUUUAGACCACAGUGUAUUCUCACUUCUUUGGACCAGUGUGUACACUCAAAAGUAGUGCACUACUGAUUAGUGCGCUACACAGGGAAUAGGGGCCAUUUGAGAUUAGGCCUCCGCCACCUCCAGAGGGCAGGGCACCCAUGGCGCCACUCCUCCCCCAAAACGAGCACCUAAACUGAGCCAUAUUUGCGUGUCUGACCGGGGGAUACCUCCAGACCCCAACCCAAACCCACUCACUACUCAGUCAGAAGUGCACUACUUUGUGCAUUAUAUAGGGAAUAAGGCACCAUUUUGGACGCGAACUGGCACUACUUAUCAAUGGAUUGAGGAUUCAAUGGACAGUAGACAGUUAGGGGAACAAGUCUUUACAUGGUAAAGAUAGACAGUUAGGGGGAACUCACUUCAUUCACAGGGGAACAAGUCUUUACAUGGUAACGAUAGACAGUUAGGGGGAACAAGUCUUUACAUGGUAAAGGUAGACAGUUAGGGGGAACUCACUUCAUUCACAGGGGAACAAGUCUUUACAUGGUAAAGAUAGACAGUUAGGGGGAACAAGUCUUUACAUGGUAAAGAUAGACAGUUAGGGGGAACAAGUCUUUACAUGGUAAAGGUAGACAGUUAGGGGAACAAGUCUUUACAUGGUAAAGAUAGACAUUUAGGUGGAACAAGUCUUUACAUGGUAAAGGUAGACAGUUAGGGGGACAGGUCUUUACAUGGUAAAGGUAGACAGUCAGGGGAACAAGUCUUUACAUGGUAAAGAUAGACAUUUAGGUGGAACAAGUCUUUACAUGGUAAAGGUAGACAGUUAGGGGGAACAAGCAACACUCACCUGGAUAUGUACUGGACUACAGUAGGAUGACAAACACAGCAUCAAAUCAACUUUGGACAUUUUCUGUUAUUUUUAUCAAGAAAUUCCACUUUCUGUUUUCCGUCAGGGAUUGAUUGGACAUUGUGGGGACGACGCAGAGAGACUUUUGAUUGGACAUUGUGGGGACGACGCAGAGAGCCUUUUGAUUGGACAUUGUGGGGACGACGCAGAGAGACUUUUGAGGAGUGGAACUGAAUGGAACAAACAGUAUUAACGAAACGAGACACCUUGGAAUCAUAGAUCAUGAAACAACACCAGGAGGACCUUUCUUUGGGCCCGGAGUGUUGUUUCAGGUGAAUGAAGAAGGAGAGGAGGAGGAAGAUGAGGAGAGGAGGAGGAAGAUAUUUCUACAGUACUAAGUAAUAAUGAGCUUGAUUCAAUCAAAUCCGCAUUCCGGUAUUUAUGCAGUAGUUGUUUAUUUUACCCAUGGUCAAAUGAUCAAAUGACAUGACAUAAUGGUUAUAGGGGUGAUGUAAACACCUACCACAGCCAGGUAGACUCCACGGCCAGGUAGACUCCACGGCCAGGUAGACUCCACGGCCAGGUAGACUCCACGGCCAGGUAGACUCCACGGCCA